UGCCAUUUCAAACCCAACAGACAUAUGAACAUGUCUGCUACAGUUGGAAAAAAGAGAGAUGGAGAGAAAAUAAAAACGGGAGGACCCAUGAAGCUUAUUAAGAGGAAUGGCUAAUGAGAACAAAGUGGCUAUGCUUUUAUCCCGAGCAAUGCUUCUUCUUGCUUGGAGACCCCACAUUUGGAACAGGAGAAACUCAUCAUGAAGAUUGAGGAAGAUGGAAAUUUAUGAAUGAUUGCAGUUGCACCCACAUAAAAAGUCAUGUCCACUCCACAAGAGGGUUUCAGUAAUAGGAAUAGGAGAAUUUCUGCCCCUCAAGAGGAAAGAAAUAGUCUUCUUGGUAUUUGUGCACAUUCACUGAUGAAAUCCAGCCAAAGUUGCUCAUUCUUGAUUUUGGUAACUGAUAUUAUAAAGAAUGUUUGCUGGUUCCAAGGCUAUUCCAUCUGAAUUUAAUGAAUGACAGCACUGCACUUGUUCCCAUACACCAAGUUUUCUGAAACGGUGGCUCUUGCCCUCUUUUUUUUAUUUUUUAUGGGAUUUGAAAAAAUGGAUCACAGACAUUGAAGUUGACCUAUGUGUUGAUAUUCUUAAAUGGCCAAAAAGAAGAGCUGGUUUAGUCUGGUGAAGAGGCUCUUUAUAUGGGACACACAUUCCACACAAGAUAAGAAGGAGAAAAGAAGGAAAUGGAUAUUUGGAAGGCUAAAGAGCAAGAGAUUGCCUUCAAUUAAAGCUCCACUACCCUCAAAAGGAACAACACUAAGUGAGGCAGAGCAAGAACAGAGCAAGCAUGCUUUAACAGUGGCCAUUGCCUCAGCAGCAGCUGCUGAAGCUGCUGUUACUGCUGCUCAUGCUGCUGCUGAGGUUGUUCGCCUCACUGGGCAACGCAAGGAAAACUCAGAAGAAUCUCAACCUGUUAAAACUAGGAAUGGUGCUCCACAAUCCACAUACCAGUGCCAGAGGGAGAUUAAAGAAUCUGCUGCAGCCAUCAAAAUUCAAACUGCAUUUCGGGGUUACCUGGCAAGGAAGGCUUUGAGGGCGUUGAAGGGAAUAGUGAAGCUUCAAGCUAUCAUUCGUGGCAGAGCCGUAAGACGCCAAGCUAUGAGUACUCUUAAGUGCUUACAGUCCAUUGUGAGCAUCCAGUCACAGGUCUGUGCAAGGAGGCUCCAAAUGGUUGAAGGGAGAUGUGAUUACUCUGAAAAUGAAGAGAUGCAAGAUUCUAAAGACAAAAUAAUUAGGAUGGACUCAAACAGUGAAAGAAAGUGGGAUGAAAGCACUGUAUUGAAGGAAGAGGUAGACACCUCUUGCACAAGCAAGAGAGAAAGAACAAAAGAAUACUCAUUUAACCACAGAAGGUCAGCAGAGUCAGAAAGAAGUAAAGUAAAUGGAAGAUGGAGGUACUGGCUAGAGCAGUGGGUAGAUACACAACUUUCAAAGAGUAAAGAGCUUGAAGAUUUAGACUCAGUUUUUAGCUCACAUUCUAGAGCUGGGGAGGAAUAUGGAGGAAGGCAACUUAAGCUGAGAAGUAAUAUUCAGAGACAAAAUCCAGUUGAAGGAUUGGAUUCUCCAAUACUUGGUUCAAGAAGAUCUUUUCCUCAUAGGAGGCAGUGUUCAGUGGGAGAGGACCACUCAUUUUUAAGCUCUCCUGCAACUCCAGCAUACAUGGCUGCAACAGAAUCAGCAAAAGCAAAAGCAAGAUCAACAAGCUCCCCAAAAAUAAGGACUGGGGGGAAUGUGGACAUGAACUCUGAUAGCUAUUCACCAUGCAAGAAAAAGCUAUCCAUUGCAUCUUCUAUUAACAGUGAAAUGCUUAGUAAUGGUAGGGUGGGCAAGCUCAGUGUUAACCAGCAGCAAAGAUCACCAAGCUUUAAGGGACUUUCAGUGCCUAUAAAAUCAAGCCGAACAACUAUCAAGGAUCUCAGUAUUAAUUCAGAUUGCUCACUCCCUAAUUGGGAUCGACAGGCUUCCUUCAAAUGAAUCUAUGAAUGCUGAUGUUACUCUUUCUUGCAUUAACACAAUUCCUUGUAUCAUGUGAAGGCUUGGAAACAAUAACUGUUUAUAAAUAUGUAUGAUAUACUAUAUGCUAUUGGAUGUUAUUUUGGUUGGGAAUUGAACAU